AUAGGCUCCCUGCUGGAUUCAGAUGUGGACUGAGCGUUACAGGUGGAGCAGGGGAAAGAAAGCUCCGAGCCGGAUCCGAGCGAGGAUUUAAAAAAAAAAAAAAAAAACACGCACACACAUCCAGGCCGAACGCUUUUUCGUGUCGACCGGUUCUCCGGUCUCCGGUCUCCCGACGUGGGCGACUGUGAAAAUGAUCUCCUUCAGCAUCCCUCACCACUAGCCGCCAGGAUGGCUCCUGCUCCUCCUUCCAGAGAGGACACCGGCAGCUCAUUAGCACUGCGCUGGAGGCUAACGCCGACAUAGAUAUCCAACUAUUUCAAACUUAGCCGAAGCAGGCUGAGCAUCCCUCCACGGUCCUGGUCGAACAUCCAGAUGAGACGUCUGCAGAGGGUGUUUCUAAAGAAAUAAGACUCGGGUUGGCCAACAGACUGACAUCACCACGGUGUUACAACAUCUGGACUAAAAACUUGGAACAUGUUCUGUCUGUGAUCGGGUACUUUGGUGGCAGAGCUGGACUGUACAGCUCUCCCAAACCGAGACGAACCUGGACUCUGAGCCAUGUCUCUUCUCCCAGCGCUGAGCGUCGUCUGUGCAUUGGUGCUCCAUGUUUGCUUCGGUGCAGUCGAUGCUCACUACUCUGUCCCACGAAAGACCGUCCCCUACCACCACGAACUGAAGCUGUUCAGAGAAGAGGGGAUCUUCAAUUACUCCACCAUGCUGGUGAGAGAUGACCUGGGCGUGCUGCUGCUCGGGGCCAGAGAGGCCAUCUAUGCCCUGGAUAUCAACAAUAUAUCAGUCAGAAAGGCUGAGGUGUACUGGCGAGUGACAGAGGAGAAACAGAGGGAGUGCACAUACAAGGGAAAACAAGCCGAGGUGGAAUGCCGAAACUACAUUCGAACCCUGCACAGGGUGAACGACACCACUAUGUAUGUGUGCGGCACGAACGCUUUCAGCCCCACCUGUGAUUAUAUGACCUUUGCUAAUGGACAGCUGAGGCUGGAGGGAAAACAGGAGGAGGGAAAGGGGAAGUGUCCUUUUGAUCCCUUUCAGAGAUACUCCUCCCUCAUGGUUGGAAAUGACCUUUAUUCUGCUACAUCCAUCAACUUCUUGGGCUCUGAGCCUGUGGUCCUUCGCAGCUCAAACUUGGCCCUUCGCACUGAGUUUAAGAGCUCCUGGCUCAGUGAGCCAAACUUUGUCUACAUGGACUUUGUGGAUGAGAGCUUUGAAAGCCCUGAAGGCGACGAUGACAAGGUGUACUUGUUCUUCAGCGAAAACGCCAUGGAGUACGACUUCUACAGCAAAGUAGCAGUGUCACGAGUGGCCCGCGUCUGCAAGGGAGAUAUGGGCGGACAGCGAACGCUGCAGAGGAAAUGGACGUCGUUCCUGAAGGCUCGUCUGGAUUGUUCCCUCCCUGAACCCAGCCUGCCCCCCAUUGUCCAGGAUGUCUUCCUGCUGAAGCACAAGGACUGGAGGAAGAGUGUCUUCUACGCCGUCUUCACCCCGCAGUCGAGCUUGUCCCAGGCGUCUGCGGUGUGUUCAUACAGCGUGUCUGCUAUCCGGGACAUUUUCAACGAGGGAAAGUUUAAGACACCUGUUGCUGUGGAAACGUCCCACGUGAAGUGGGUGAUGUACACCGGAGAGGUCCCAGUCCCCAGACCGGGAGCGUGCAUCAAUAACGUGGCACAUAAACUGGGGAUGAAUCGCUCUCUGGACCUUCCAGACAAAACCCUACAGUUCAUCAGAGACCGUCCACUAAUGGAUGAGGCCGUUCGUCCUCUGACGGGAGGACCCCUGCUGGUCAAGAGGGGAGCUUUGCUGACCCGGAUUGUGGUGGACAGUGUGUUGGCUCUGGACGGAAACAGAUACGACGUCAUGUUCAUUGGCACAGAAAAUGGUUACAUUCAGAAGGCCGUCAACUACGCUGGAGAGAUGUUCAUCAUUGAGGAGAUUCAGCUGUUUGAAAACCCUGAGUCUAUCAGCAUCCUUCGCCUCUCAUCCAGCAAGGGCCUGCUGUACGCUGGUUCAGAGUUUGGUGCAGUCCAGAUGCCAGUCAGCAACUGCAGCCGCUACGAGUCCUGCGUGGACUGCGUUCUGGCCAGGGAUCCCUACUGUGCCUGGGACUCCUCCACUGAGCAGUGCUCAUCUGCUCCCUCAGACAAUGCAGUACAGAGUCUAGAGGGGGACGUAAUCCGGUGUCCUCUUCCAGAUCCAGUAUCAGCUGUCGACUUUACCCUCGUUCCAGGGAACAACAUCCAGCUGCCUUGCCAACUUCCGUCCAACUUGGCUCGGGUCCACUGGCGAUUCUCCCACCAAACACUUCACUCCAACAACAAAUACUACAUCUACAGCGGAGGCCUCCUCCUCUUCAAUGCUUCUGAAUCAGACUCCGGCAUGUAUGCCUGUGACUCAAUAGAGCAGAUAAACAGCAGAACAUACAACCAGACAGUGGUGAUUUAUAAUUUAAAGCUCACCCCUGGCCCAGCAGAUGAGGACAACUCCAGUCCUGACAAAGAGGGGGAAAACUCCGCUAAUCACCGUCCUAAUACAGCUGCACCAGAGCCGGUGUCAGACAACCCGUUGGCCCCGGAGAAUCGAAGCAGCACUAGCAGACUAAUGACUCUACAGGUGACUGUGGCUCUGCUGUCACUGGUUUGUUUCUCCCUGACGGGGGUUAUUUGUUGGAUGUGCAUUCAUGGACAAUGGAAAUGCUCCAAGUUUGCAAAGAGCUCGAGCCAAAUCGAGGAGCAAAGGCAGUCGGUAGAAUACAUGCACAUCCCCAACAGAACUUCAGAUAUAAAGCUCCUGGGGGCCGAAUCUGAGAGACCUUGCAGUGCCAAUAAUAAUCACUCUGGUGUUGACUUCAAAAGGAACGGGGGGCACCACUUCACACCUAUGGCCAACAUUUCAAGUCUGGACGGUCUGGGAUACAUAAAUGAUGAGUCAGAGAUUUGAUUCUGCUGAAGUGUGCGCUUCAGUCCGAGGCCAGGCGCACUAAUUACCUUCCUACAGGUGUACGUCUACGGAGAGCUCGCUCUUAAAAACUCCUUUCACAUUAUAAAUUCUUUUGAUUUGUGGUCUGAUUCUUCUUGCCAAUUUCCUACGCUGUCUCUCAUUUCCAUGUUCUCACCGGGCAGCUGACGUUCUCGAAAAAGACUUUUAACUGGUGGGAGAAAUCACUCCAGGAACCUGUGAAAACAGACAUGUUUCUGUCUCAGAUUGACACGCAGUGAAUACAGUUGUAAUGGUGUAAUGUAUAGUGUACAGCAAAGACCUUUUUGACCCUUAUUUAUUUGUUGUGAAUUAAGUUUUUAUCAGCUGUAAAUAGUGUCAACUACACUGAACAAGUAGCAUUCAUCCGUCAGAGCACAGCAGCGGACAGUAGGUGAUACACGAUCAUUGUGGUACCAACUCCAAUAAAUGUAAUAUCUUCAUUUAGUGUGAACUAGUGUUAACCAGGACGUUGUUCGGGUACGUGGAUAUAUUUCAGAUUCCAAGCACAUACUGUAGUCUUGGUAUGAUGAACACAGAAAUGUCAGGGCAGUGGGGAAGUGUGGGCGUACGUUUUCUGUCAGUGAAUCAACUCAGAAGAGUUCUGGUGUCAAACUUUAGAAAUCGCUGCCUUGUUCUUAAUAAAACAAAAUGUCGCUGACGUGCACCGAGCUGUCAGUGAUGAUUA